CCCAGCAUGCUCCGCGUGCCACGUCGCAGUCGCCAUUUUCCUUCCAAGUUGGCAGAGAGUCGCCUGCCGAGCUGUCUGUAAGAACCAGCCAUGAACGUCUUCAGACUCGUAGGAGACCUCUCCCAUCUACUGGCCAUCAUCAUCCUGUUACUCAAGAUAUGGAAGACGAGGUCAUGUGCAGGUGUGUCUGGCAAGAGUCAGAUCCUGUUCUCGUUGGUGUUCAUCACCCGUUACCUGGACCUGUUCACCAACUUCAUCUCCGUCUACAACUCUGUCAUGAAGAUCAUCUACCUGGUCACGUCGCUGGGCACCGUCUACCUGAUGUACUUCAAGUUCAAGGCCACGUAUGACAGCAAUCACGACACCUUCCGGAUCGAGUUCCUGGUGGUGCCUGUAGGAGGCCUGUCCUUCCUGGUCAACCAUGACUUCACCCCGUUGGAGAUCUUGUGGACUUUCUCGAUCUACCUGGAGUCUGUGGCCAUCCUGCCCCAACUCUUCAUGAUCAGUAAGACUGGGGAGGCUGAGACCAUCACCAGCCACUACCUGUUUGCCCUGGGCUCCUACCGCGCCCUGUACAUCGUCAACUGGGUCUACCGCUACUACACGGAGGGCUUCUUCGACCUGAUCGCCAUUGUUGCAGGAUGUGUACAGACGAUACUCUACUGCGACUUCUUCUACUUGUACAUCACUAAAGUGUUAAAAGGCAAGCAGCUAAAGCUCCCAGCAUAAGUUAUGGCAGCAGUACAGUCAGCAGGAAGAGAGCUUAGCUUACCUUUACAACAUGUACACAACAUUGUACAGAUGUGUUUGAGCAAAGCACAACCAUUCCAUGUAAAAAA